AUUUACGAGCGCAAAGAACGCACGCGCAUUAUAUAUUAUUGAAUUUAUAUAUUAUAAUAAUUACGUAGUAACCCGAGUACAAAAUAUCAAAUAAUAUAUUGAUAUCAAAAAUGUCACAUAAGUUUUUUUGACGACAUACUGUCGAUAUGUUUGUGCGAUUCAGUCGUGAGUAGUGCUUGUGAAGAUGGGCAAGAAGUGGGUUGUGCUGUGGUCGCUAUGGGCGUGUCAGUUUGUGCAGCAACCUACGAUACCGGUGCUGGUUACCAACGGACUACUGCGGGGGUCCGUCGCGCCGGAUGGAUCGCAUCUGAGAUACAGUGGUAUACCGUACGCAGUCGCUCCGAAGAGAUUUGCGGCACCCAGAUCUGAACCGACAUGGCGGGGCGUGUUUGAAGCAACUGAUGAGCAUAUCAGAUGUCCACAGAGGAUCGGCGAAUCUUUGCUAGUGGGACAAGAAGACUGCUUGACUCUUAAUGUGUACACGCCUAUAACACAACCAGCUACGCAAUUACCUGUUAUGGUUUUUAUCCACGGAGGUGGUUUUUACGAUGGCUCUGGCACAGCAUCCAUUUUCGGACCAAAACACCUCGUAUCUCAUGAAAUUGUUCUAGUCACAAUUAAUUAUAGGUUAAAUAUACAAGGGUUCGCUUGUCUGGGUAUCAAAGAUGCUCCUGGGAACGCGGGUAUGAAAGAUCAAGUGGCUGCGUUGAGGUGGGUGCAGCGGAAUAUCAAGGCUUUCGGUGGAGAUCCUGAUAAUGUGACAAUAUUUGGAGAGAGCGCUGGAUCAGGGUCCGUAUCUCUUCACAUUCUAUCGCCUAUGUCUAAGGGUUUGUUCCACAAAGCAAUAUUACAAAGCGGCUCGUCUACCGCACCCUGGUCCAUGCAAUUCAGACCCUUGUACAUGACGAGUUUGUUGACUAAGGUAAUGGGUUAUAAUACAGAAGACGCACACGACCUUUAUAACAUUUUGAUGCAGAAAUCAGACGCUGAUUUGGUCAUAACGCGAGUACCGAGAAAAGAAGGAAAUAUCAUUAUAAGCGAGUGUCUGUAUGUGCCGUGUGUUGAAAAUAUUAUAGAUGGGGAGGAACCAUUUCUCACUGAGCUACCUCAUGACAUAUUAUCGAAAGGAAAUUAUAAUAAAGUGCCCGUUAUGAUUGGCUCCAACAGCCACGAGGGAUAUUUAUUUGCAGCUAUGGAAAAUGAUACUACAAUACCUAAAUUUGAUUUUGAAAAAUCACUGCCUAAAGAUUUAGUGAUACCAGAUAAAGAAAAACGCGUAGAAGUAGCGAGAAAGUUGCACGAAUUCUACCUUCGAGGUGAAAAACCUUCGCGUGAGAAUAUUCUAGAAUGGGCAAGGUUUCAUGGUGAAAUUUAUUUUACUUAUCCAGUAUUGGAGGAAACAAUGCUAUACUUGGAAACAAACAUUGAACCAGUGUAUUCGUAUCUCUUCAAAUAUAGUGGAAAUAGGAAUUUAAUAAAAAUUUUGUCAGGGAAACCAUUCAGUACUGCGCCAGGGGCGACACAUGCUGAUGAGCUAAUGUAUAUAUUUAGUCAACAUUUCCUUGGAACAUUAUUUGAAAGCAAAAUGGUGGAGAGAAUGACCACAAUGUGGACGAAUUUUGCGAAGUAUGGAGACCCAACGCCGAAACAAACAAAAUUACUGCCAUUGAAAUGGCCGCCAAUAACGAAGAAAUCUUUACACACUUUCGGUAUAGAUUCGGAAUUUUCAAUCGAGCCGCUGUGGAAUCAUGAAUCGCUUAAGUAUAUAAGACACAUUUAUUCGAAGUAUAGGCGGAGACAAACAAGAGAUUAGUGGAUUUGCUAAUUAAUUUAUAUUAUCUUCUAUUCUGUAGUGUGAGAAAAAUAAUUGACAUGAAGCAUUUUGUUUCAAAAUUUGUAUUUAUUGAAGGUUAAGUUAAGACAUUCAACAAAAACUUCUCUUUUAAUUGAGUUUUAAAAAUAAUAAUAAUUUAUUUGCCGUAUAAUAUUACUGGAUUUUAAACUAAAGUGUAAACUAAGUGUGACAGUGUAAAUCGUGAUAAUAACCUUAAGUUAUAAAAAAGUUAUUAUAAUAUUACCAACUUUUAUAGAUAAUUCUCCAUUUAAGUAUUCAUAAACUACAAAAAUAAAG